GGAAGGAUUUUGGAGAAGACCGGACUUUGCAGUCAGAUCACUUUUAGCCGAUAUGUGCGACAGGGACGGAAACUAGGGGUGGAUCCCAAGCUCUUUAUCCAGGAUCUGCAGUUUAACAAAGUACCUGUGAGGGUUUAUCAGCCUAAAGCUGCCUCCGAUCAGCGAAGGAGAGGCAUCAUCUUCUUUCACGGAGGAGGCUGGGUAUUCGGAAGUCUGGACACCUAUGAAAAAGUGUGCCGCUACAUAUCCAGAGAAAGUGAAUCGGUCGUUGUAUCUGUUCAGUACCGUUUGGCUCCUGAACACAAAUACCCUGCGGCCUAUGAAGACUGUCUUAACGCCACCAUACACUUCAUGAAGAACACAGAGCACUAUGGGGUGGAUCCUGCCCGUCUAAUUGUCUGCGGGGACAGCGCUGGGGGCAAUCUAGCAGCUGCUGUCAGCCAGACCCUGGCAUGUAGAUCAGCCCUCCCCAAACUGCGUGCUCAGGUCUUGAUCUACCCAGGCCUUCAGGCACUGGACUUCAAUUUACCAUCCUAUCAUCAAAAUCGAGGAGUCCCUCUCUUACUCCGAGAACGUGCUGCUUUCUUUGCUCUGCAGUACCUGAAUGGGGAUGCAGUGCAUAUGCACGAGGUCUUGGAGGGCUCCCAUAUUCCUCCAGACAUGAGGCUGAAGUACAGGAAGUGGGUGAGUCCAGAUAACAUUCCCGAAAAAUUUAAGGUCAGAGGUGUGAAGCCACUUACGUCCACUGAUUUUAUAGCUGAAGUGUAUGAGACGGUGAAAAGAUUGUGUGAGCCAAACCUGUGCCCGCUGUUGGCCGAAGAUGCUGUUGUGCAGCAGGGGCCGCCCUGUGAGUACGAUGUGCUGAGGGACGACGGCUUGCUUUACAAGAAGCGGCUGGAGGACAACGGUGUUCGAGUGACCUGGUACCACCUCGAGGAUGGAUUCCAUGGAAUCAUAAGCCUGUAUGAUUAUUGCGGUUUCUCAUUUCCAUCUGGGAAGAGGGGAUUGGACAGCGUUGUUAACUUCCUAAAAAGCUUGUAGUAAACAUCUUAGAUUCCACGACUCUCUUCAUACCUCAACCUAGGAAAGUAUCUUCUUAGGAUAUUUGAUAUCAGGUGAUGGGUAGUCAGUAAGGGGCAGGCAUUAACUAUGAUAACAAGGCUCAUCAGAACCUCAUUCCAGCUAUUAGUUGGAACAUGGAAUAUGCAAACCCUAUACAAGCUUGUACCGUGCUGGAAGACCUUGUCUUAGCUAUGUCAAUAAAGAACACCGGUUUGAAUGGACAUCCUGGUUUGUCCCACUUGUUUAAAAUAGAACGUGUCUGUCUGAGGAGA